AUGGAGGAAUCUCACCCACUUUAUAAGAGCGCGGAGGACUUUGAAGCCAUGCAUGAGGGUGUGAGGCAUCAUGCGUCCGCCCUGGACAAAGGCGCUAAUGCCGGGUCGUCAACCGACGUCACCGACAACACUCCGAGCUUAACACGACCCCAGCCAGCCAGCCCGCAACACCAGUUCGACGACAUACUUGACGACCCCGAAUACGAUCACAUAAGCGAUAUUGUGGAGCUUAGAAAGAACCACCUAGUCUACAACCGCGACCCCGGGGCUAUCCGCAGACACGCAAUGGCGGCCGACUUCAGCGAAGGGCGCCUAGAGACAUUCGUCGGCAGCCCGCAGAAAGAGUUGGCAGGCACUCAGAACCAAUAUGUCUCGUACCAGGUAACCACAAAGUCCGACUUCCAGUCCUUCCAGAAACCCGAAUUCUCCGUACGUCGCCGCUUCACAGACUUCGUCUUCCUCUGGAAACAGCUCUCCAAAGAGUACCCGCAAUGCGCCGUCCCGCCGCUGCCCGACAAGCACAAGAUGGAGUAUGUGCGUGGAGACCGCUUCGGCCCGGACUUUACACAGAGACGAGCCCACUCAUUGCACCGCUUCCUCAAGCGGAUCGCGCUGCACCCGGUGCUACGAAGAGCAGUCCUCGUCAUCAACUUCCUGGAAAGUCCCGAUUGGAAUCAGCAUAUGAAGGGAAGGUCAUCAAGAGCUGCGAGCGGGUCUGAACAAGGCAGCGGCGGCUUCGUAGACGCCAUCGCAGACACCUUUGUCAACACCUUUACCAAGAUACACAAGCCGGACCAGCGCUUUAUCGAGGUCAGCGAGCGAGCUAACAAGCUCAGCGAGGACCUGAACAACGUUGAGAAGGUUACCGUCAAGGUGGCCAGGCGACAGGGUGACCUGGAGACGGAUUACGCUGAUCUGGCCACACAGUGCCAGAAGCUGACGACCAUGGAACCUGCAGUCGAAGGCAAUCUGACAUCCUUUGCUGCGUCUGUCAAUACCACGUCACAGGGGUUCAAGUCCAUCCGAGACCAUACGGACCAAAACUACCUGACUAGUCUACGCGAUAUGGACGCCUACAUCCAGGCUGUCAAGACACUGCUCCGCACGCGAGAGGGUAAACAACUCGAUUUCGAACAACUGAGCGAGUACCUGGCCAAAUCAGCCGCCGACCGAGAUUCCUUGGCCAGCGCGACAGGAGCCGGUAUGGGCGCAUCUGGCUUCCUACGAUCCAAAGUGGAAGACUUUCGGGGCAUCGAUCACGACCAAGCAAGGCGGCAGCGGGUUCGCAAGCUCGAGGUUGAGAUUGAGCGGCUGACGGGCGAGGUCGAGAUGUCUAAGAAGGCUAGUGAGGCGUUUGAUGAGCAUACUGUCAAAGAGGUGUCGGACUUUGAACGCAUCAAAGCGAUCGAGUUUAAAGAUACACUGGGAGAUUUGGCGGAUGCGCAUGUCGAGUUCUUUCAGGGGACUAUUGAGACGUGGGAGAAGUUUUUGGAGGAUAUGCGCAAGGAGGAGGAUCAGAGGAAGGCGGUGCAGGUGUCGUAG